CCACAGACCAAAGGAGGGAUCGUAAACACAGCCAUGUCUGCAGCGGCGCGAGGAAGAGGACGAGGGUCUCCCAUGCGGGGGGCGUUUGUCGGGGCGGCAGCAGCCACCAGUUACCUGGCACCAGGGUAUGCGGCACCAUAUGGAUACAACGCGGCAGCUGCUGCUGCACCAGCUUACGGUGGCUGUUUCAUUGACAGUCCUUACUGCCAACCACUUGACGUGACGCCUUUUAUAAUUCACUUGGGGCCUCAGGAAUUCUUCUCUGACUUCUAAAAGCAAAGUGAGACUGCCCAGCUCCAAAGGUGCUUUUUCCCACCCGUGAAUUUUCAAAGCAAGAGCUAACGGAGACUCACUCGGAGGGAGGGAAGGGGCAGUUUGUAUCGAAU